AUGCCCUCAAAUCACGGCGCCUGGCAACUAAGAUGCCACACCCCCCUCGAAAUCAAAAGGACCCCUUACCAGGAAGCCCUCACACCCACCCAAGCCCUGAUAAAAGUUCACGCAUGGGCCAUAAACCCAGCGGACCACAUCCUCCAAGACACCGUGAUGGCCUUUGUCAGCUAUCCUGUUAUCCUAGGCGAGGACAUCGCCGGCACGAUAGUAGCACUAGGGAACGCAACCAAAUUCGCAGUCAACGACCGCGUAAUCGGAUUCGCGCAGGGUGCAACGAAGGGACCGGCUAUGGGUGGAUUCCAGGAGUACGUCGUCGUGGAAUCGGACUUGAUGUGCCGGAUUCCAGAUUCGAUGUUGUUUGAGCAGGGUGUUGUUUUGCCAUUAGGGUUCUCGACAGCUGCUUAUGCCCUUGUGAGCAAGGAGUAUUUCGGGCUGGCAAUUCCGGCGUCUGGCAAUUCUUCCUCUGGAGUUAUAGAUCAGGAUAAGGGGGAAGGGAAGAAGUCUGUGCUCAUUUGGGGUGGAAGUUCUUCUGUUGGAAGUAAUGCUAUUCAAUUAGCGGUUGCGAGUGGUCUGACCGUUCUGACUACUGCAUCGCCGAGGAACUUUGAAGGCUUGAAAAAGCUUGGUGUGGAUAUGGUCUUUGAUUAUACUGCCCCGGAUGUUGUGUCAGAAAUUGUCCGUGAGCUGGAUGCGCGCUCGGAUUGUGUGGGGAUAUUCCAAGCAGCUGGAUUUGGGGCAUCUUUGGGUCCUGUUUUGGAGGUUGCGAGGCUGAUGAAGUCUGAUGUGUUUGUUGUGACCACGAUGCCAUUGCAAGAGGGUGUGGUUCCGGAUGGUGUGCGUGCGAAGAUGCUUUUUGGGGAUAACCAGAAUGUUAUUCUAGAGUUAUGGCGGGAGUUCUUACCUAAGGCAUUAGAGGCAGGAAAAUAUCAUGCUUUGCCGGAGCCUUUGAUUAUGGAAACGAGGGGGCUGAAGGGGAUUCAAGAGGGUUAUGAUGUGUUGAAGAAGGGGGUGUCUGCAAAGAAGGUGGUUGUUCUUGCAGAACCGAGUUAG